AUGGGUCGGCCAAUCUCGCUAGGCGUUCUGAGCCAACAAAACAGGCAUCCAGUAGGGCGCUCCACCAUCCUCUCCAUGUGGCUCAAACCCAGGCAGUGCAUACACAAGGCAUGCCCCCCGACAGUCCCUACAUGUACACAGCAUGAGGAUGUGUUUGAUGGGGUGGUCAGUACUAUUUUUGUGGACACCAUCAAGGCCGCUGUAGCCACACUUUUAGAUGUGGUGAUUGGAGAGUAUACAAGAGAAAAAUGUCCCGGUUGUCUGUGUGUAGGUCAGAAUGUGUUACCACCAGGACCAUUGACUGGAGCCAUAGGAGGGAGAGUGAAGUUCACCACAACCCUCAGUCCUCCAGCCAAACCUUUUGUCUCAGUGAGCUGGACCUUCAACAGGGUCAACAUCAUCACCUCUACUACGGUCAACAUUACUAAUGCUGACCACAAAGACCGGAUCAGUCUGGACAGAACCACUGGCUCUCUGGAGCUGUGGAACCUGGGCCUGAGGGACCAAGGGGAAUACAGAGUCAGCAUCAUACCAGACGGGGCUCUGGAGCUACAAGGAGCUACCACUCUGGAUGUCUAUGUGUUGCUAUCUGCGGCCACCAUCAAUAGCUCCCCAGCCACCCUGAUAGCUGGCAUAAGCUCCACCAACCUGACCUGUGAGGCUGCUGGCAACAUCAGCUCCAUACAGUGGAUCAAAGAUGGCCUCCCUCUGUGUCCCAGCAACAAUAUCACCUUCUCUGCAGACAACAGGACAGUCUAUCUCAGUCCUGUUCAGGACAUUGACAACGGAGAAUAUGAGUGUUUGGUCAGCAACCCUGUCAGCAACCGGACAGCAUCCCACAACCUGACCGUCAACUUUGGACCCCAGAACAUUUCAGUAAAUGGACCAAUAGCAGCACCAACAGGAUACAGGGUAACUCUGAGCUGUUCGGCUGACUCUAUCCCUCCUGCUACAUUCACCUGGAUGUUCAACAGGACAGAGACAGGUGUUAACAACACCCUGUACGUCAUAGAGAGGAUGGAGGCGCUACAUAUUGGGAACUACACGUGCACUGCCACCAAUAACAUCACCGGACUGAAAGACUCUGUGGUCCACAAGCUGAGGGGCUCCUCUGCUGCCCCCAUUUGGUCGUUUGCUUUGAUGGUGACCAGUGUCCUGGCAGCGGGACUGCUGCAACUGUAG